UUUCAAUUUCAAACCCAAACAGUCCGUGGAACGCGCCAUUGGACUGUGGGAUAACGUUCAAACCAAAUAGUUACCGCGUUUAGUUGUAGAAUUUGUAACGCAAUUAAAACCGAAACCAGACCGGCAUUACUGGCCGAGGUUACAAUCCACAGAAUCCGCGAAAUAAGUCGCUCACCGCGUCUUCGCUCCAGUUUUCUGCGCCCGGUUAAUUUGGAUGACAAACCGACGCUUGGCUUGUUUGUUGCAGGUGUUUACUAAUUCGCAUACGGUAACUUACCACAUUGAAACUAACACUGUGUUUUAGCUAACGUUACACAUCUGACAUAGCAAGCCAUUUCUGCAAGAAACAUGCCGAGGUCCAACAGGCAAAGAGAAUACAAACCUGGAGAUCUUGUAUUUGCUAAAAUGAAGGGGUAUCCACACUGGCCUGCGAGGAUUGACGAGUUACCUGAAGGAGCUGUGAAGUCCCCCUCAAACAAGUACCAGGUGUUCUUUUUUGGGACUCAUGAGACGGCAUUCCUGGGGCCCAAGGAUUUGUUCCCGUAUGAUGAACAUAAGGAAAAGUUUGGAAAAGCAAACAAGAGGAAAGGCUUCGCUGAGGGACUGUGGGAGAUUGAAAACAACCCCACUGUCACGCACGAAGGCUACGAGUCAUCGAAGAAGGACAACGCGUCAGAGGGAGCAGGGGAAACGGGUAGUUCGGAGAAAGCAGAUGCAGAGGGCAGCAGUGAUGAGGAUGAAGGGACCCUGGUCAUUGACGAGAAGAACGAGAGGGGAGGAACUAAGCGAAAAGCAGAGGAGUCCACAGAGGCAUCUCCCAAGCGGCCGAAGGACACAGAGGCGGAAGGGGACUCUAAAGUAGACAUCAACAAGUCCAACACAGAGGCCAAGCUCAAUGAUGUGGCUGGACCUAAGGCAACUGCUCCCUCCUCACAGAGCGAGUCAAAACCAGAGGCCCAGGAAAACGCUCCAACAGCAGAAAAGCCUGUGACAGACAGCGCUUAACGUCAACUCACAGAAGAAAACCAAGAACCUUUUGACGCUUUUCUCUGAAAUUCAAGCAUCACCAUGAUUACCUGCAGGAUGCCAGAUUUCAGCUGUUUAAUAAUAGAAUUCAAAAAAAAAAAAAACCAACAAAAAAAAGCGUUUGUAUU